AUGCGGAUAGCUUCUUCUUUCUCUCGCAACGGCCAAUUUUCAUCUCUAACCUUCACAAUGGAAGCGAGAAUCAGCCUUCAAAUUCAAAUCCCGUGGAAACCUAAUCGCAGAUUCUCUUCCUCUUCCCCGCGCUUUAUCAGAGCGUCUUCUUCAACCUCGCAGGAGCCGAAAAGUUACAGAGGUCCGAAACCGAGUAAAAACUUGGUGGCGGAUUUCGUUUCAAGUAACGAUGACACAGUCCGGAGCUUGCCGAUCUACGUCGGAGGCGCUUCUCUCCUGGCCGUUCUCUUCAAUCGUGCUGUUUCCGGCAUCGCUCCAGUUGCCGAUGCUAGCAGCUCGCAGUCUAGAGCAGAUCUAUUGGCGCUUGGCUUGGCCGUCACCAAUUUAUUGACCGGUUUAGUCUGGUUAUCGAUCCGACCUAAGACCAUAACACCAAUAGAACCUGAAGGUGUGGAAUGUAAAGUUAUAGAAUCCAAUCUUCCUGCAUCAAUAGUCUCCGAAUUAUUAUGGGCUUGGGAAUCUCUCAAGGUAGCAACGUGUUGUGAGUCUCUGGUUAUUGUUUACAAUGGCAUUUGCCUCAUCCAAAUAGGGAUUGCUGCUAAAUCUCCAGAAGAGAAUAAAGCAGUCAUAGUAAACACUGAGAAGCUGAUGCAAGGAUCGGUUUACCAAGGCGUAAUGAAAUCCAAAGCACAAAGUUACUUGGCCAAUCUUUCUCUUUAUCCUGGGAGAUCCCAGCUUCCAUUUCUGCCUGCAAAUACACAGGCAGUGAUUUUGCAGCCGCUUGGUGAUAAAGGAAUUGCAGUUAUUGGUGGAAACACAAUUAGAGGCUUCACGUCUUCAGAUCAGGCUUGGAUAUCUUCAAUUGGGGAGAAGCUCGAUGCGACACUGGGGAGACAUUUUAUUGGUUUUGAUGCUAGCUCCCGAGUAACAAGCUGA